GUAUAUAAAGCUAAAAGACAUGUUGGGAAAAGGAUGAAAGAGCUAACUAUUCUUACAAAUACUGUAAACAUCCAGACAGAAAAGACUGAAGACUGCUGAUAUGAUUAGCAAUAAAGUGCAGAAGACUGGAAUUGCCACAGCAGCAGCAUACAGGGCAGUCCCGCCUCCUGCUUCAAUACAGAGAGCUCCGGCUCCAACUGCACCAGUUGCUUUGAAGAAGUCUGCCGCAAAGGAGUCCACUUCUGAGAGCUCAGAUUCAAGCUCAGAUGAAGAGAAGGCUAAAAAGCCUGCAGCUGAGGUCACACCAGCUCAAGUGGCAACGCAAGACUCCUCAAGCUCAGACAGCAGCUCAGAAGAUGAAACUCCGGCAAAGCCUGCUACCAAAGCUGCUGCACCAUCAACGCCAUCUGCUGCUUCACAAGCACCAUCUUACGCCAAGCCAGUUGCAGCAAAGGCUGCAAUUCUUGUUGCUAAGGUCGCUGCCACCACUGCUACAGACAGCAGCUCCAACUCUGACUCCUCAUCUGAUGAUGAACCGGUGAAAGCAAAGCCUGCAAUGGCUAAACCAACCACCCCAGCUUCUAAGCCUGCAACUCCCGCCAUAAAGGUUUCUGCGAAGGCAGGAAAAAGCAGUUCAGAUUCAGACUCUUCAUCUGGCGAUGAAGAACCUGCACUAACCAAGGCAUUUACAACUAAACUUGCCACACCUGUUGCAUUGGCCGCAGUUGCUCUAGCAAAAAACGCAACUCCUGCAAAGACUGCUGCAGCAGAAAGCAGCUCAGACUCUGACUCCUCAUCUGAUGAUGAAUCGGUGAAAGCAAAGCCAGCAAUGUGUAAAACAGCCACCCCAGCUUCGAAGCCUGCAACUCCUGCCACAACGUUUGGUGCGACGGCAAGAAAAAGCAGUUCAGAUUCAGACUCUUCAUCGAGUGAUGAAAAACCUGCAUUAACCAAGGCAUUUACAACUAAACUUGUCACACGUGUUGCAUUGGCCGCUGUUGCUCUAGCAAUAACCGCAACUCCUGCAAAAACUGGUACUCCUGCAAAGACUGCUGCAACAGAAAGCAGCUCAGACUCUGACUCCUCAUCUGACUGAA